CCCGGCGUGAGCUGAGCGCCGGCGGCAGCCCUGGCCAUGCACCAGCCCGGCGGCCUCUGAGCCCGACCUGACGGUGCCGGUCCGCCGGCGACCCCGGAGACAUGUCUCUACUUUGCGUUGGAGUCAAAAAAGCCAAGUUUGAUGGUGCCCAAGAGAAAUUCAACACAUAUGUGACCCUGAAGGUGCAGAAUGUCAAGAGCACGACCAUCGCUGUGCGGGGCAGCCAGCCCAGCUGGGAACAGGAUUUCAUGUUUGAGAUUAACCGCCUAGAUUUAGGGCUGACAGUGGAGGUGUGGAACAAGGGCCUUAUCUGGGACACCAUGGUGGGCACCGUGUGGAUCCCCCUGCGGACCAUCCGCCAGUCCAAUGAAGAGGGUCCUGGAGAGUGGCUGACUCUGGAUUCCCAGGUCAUCAUGGCAGACAGUGAAAUCUGUGGCACCAAGGACCCCACCUUCCACCGCAUCCUCCUUGACACUCGCUUUGAGCUGCCCCUAGACAUUCCUGAGGAGGAGGCCCGUUACUGGGCCAAGAAGCUGGAGCAGCUGAAUGCCAUGCGGGACCAGGAUGAGUAUUCAUUCCAAGAUGAACAAGACAAGCCUCUCCCUGUCCCCAGCAACCAGUGUUGCAACUGGAAUUAUUUUGGCUGGGGUGAGCAGCAGAAUGAUGACCCUGACAGUGCAGUGGAUGAUCGUGACAGUGACUAUCGCAGCGAGACAAGCAACAGCAUCCCCCCACCUUAUUACACUACAUCCCAGCCCAAUGCUUCAGUCCACCAGUAUUCUGUUCGUCCGCCGCCCUUGGGUUCCCGGGAAUCCUACAGUGACUCCAUGCACAGUUAUGAGGAGUUCUCCGAGCCGCAGGCCCUCAGCCCUACAGGCAGCAGCCGCUACGCCUCCUCAGGGGAGCUGAGCCAGGGCAGCUCACAGCUGAGUGAGGACUUUGACCCGGAUGAGCAGAGCCUGCAGGGCUCCGAGUUGGAGGAUGAGCGGGACCGGGACUCCUACCACUCCUGCCACAGCUCAGUCAGCUACCACAAGGACUCGCCACACUGGGACCAGGACCUUGAGGAUGAGCUGGAUGAGGAGCUGGACGAGGAGCUGGAUGAGGAGCUAGAUGAGGACCUGGAGGACUUCCUGGAGGAGGAGGAGGAGCUGCCUGAGGAUGAGGAAGAGCUGGAAGAGGAAGAGGAGGUGCCUGAUGACAUCCGUGUCUAUGCUGAGCACCAGGAGGUAGCCAUGGCUGAGCCCAAGGACUUCAAGCGUGUCAGUCUUUUGCCAGCCGCCCCAGAGAAGGAGGACAAGGCCCCAGCCUUGCCCACUGAGGCCCCCACUGUGGCCAAAGUGGCCCCCGAGCCAGCUGUGCCUGAGGAGGUGCCUACAGCCGAGCGGGUGCCCAGGGAUGAGCCCCCCAAAGCUGAGGAGAGUUUCAGGCCGCAAGAAGAUGAGGAAAGCCAGGAGGGUCAGGACUCCAUGUCGAGGGCUAAGGCCAACUGGCUGCGAGCCUUUAACAAAGUGCGGCUGCAGCUUCAGGAGGCCCGAGGAGAAGGAGAGAUGUCCAAAUCCCUGUGGUUCAAAGGCGGCCCAGGGGGUGGUCUCAUCAUCAUCGACAGCAUGCCUGACAUUCGUAAGCGGAAGCCCAUCCCACUCGUGAGUGACCUGUCCCUGGUCCAGUCCAGAAAAGCGGGCAUCACAUCGGCCUUGGCCUCCAGCACUUUGAACAACGAGGAGCUGAAAAACCACGUUUACAAGAAGACCCUGCAAGCCUUAAUUUACCCCAUUUCGUGCACGACACCGCACAACUUCGAGGUGUGGACGGCCACCACGCCCACCUACUGCUAUGAAUGCGAGGGGCUGCUGUGGGGCAUCGCGCGGCAGGGCAUGCGCUGCACGGAGUGCGGCGUCAAGUGCCACGAGAAGUGCCAGGACCUGCUUAACGCGGACUGCCUGCAGCGGGCCGCGGAAAAGAGCUCCAAGCACGGGGCUGAGGACCGGACGCAGAACAUCAUCAUGGUGCUCAAGGACCGCAUGAAGAUCCGGGAGCGCAACAAGCCCGAGAUCUUCGAACUCAUCCAGGAGGUCUUUGCUGUGACCAAGGCCGCGCACACGCAGCAGAUGAAGGCAGUCAAGCAGAGCGUGCUGGAUGGCACGUCCAAAUGGUCGGCCAAGAUCAGCAUCACUGUGGUCUGUGCCCAGGGCUUGCAGGCAAAGGACAAGACAGGAUCCAGUGACCCCUAUGUCACUGUUCAGGUUGGGAAGACCAAGAAACGGACGAAAACCAUCUACGGGAACCUGAACCCUGUGUGGGAGGAGAACUUUCAUUUUGAAUGUCACAACUCCUCAGAUCGAAUCAAGGUGCGUGUCUGGGACGAAGAUGAUGAUAUCAAAUCCCGAGUGAAGCAGCGGUUCAAGAGGGAGUCUGACGACUUCCUGGGGCAGACUAUCAUCGAGGUGCGGACACUCAGUGGCGAGAUGGAUGUGUGGUACAACCUGGACAAACGGACUGACAAAUCUGCUGUGUCAGGUGCCAUUCGACUACACAUCAGUGUGGAGAUCAAGGGCGAGGAGAAGGUGGCCCCCUACCACGUCCAGUACACCUGUCUGCAUGAGAACCUGUUUCACUUCGUGACUGACAUGCAGAACAAUGGGGUUGUGAAGAUCCCGGAUGCCAAGGGUGAUGACGCCUGGAAAGUUUACUAUGAUGAGACAGCCCAGGAGAUUGUGGAUGAAUUUGCCAUGCGCUAUGGCGUCGAGUCCAUCUACCAAGCCAUGACCCACUUUGCCUGCCUCUCCUCCAAGUACAUGUGUCCUGGGGUGCCUGCCGUCAUGAGCACCCUGCUUGCCAACAUCAACGCCUAUUAUGCGCAUACCACCGCCUCUACCAACGUGUCUGCCUCUGACCGCUUCGCAGCCUCCAAUUUCGGGAAAGAGCGCUUUGUGAAGCUCCUGGAUCAACUGCAUAACUCCCUGCGGAUAGACCUCUCCAUGUAUCGGAAUAACUUCCCAGCCAGCAGCCCAGAGAGACUCCAGGACCUCAAAUCCACUGUGGACCUUCUCACUAGCAUCACCUUCUUUCGGAUGAAGGUGCAAGAACUCCAGAGCCCGCCCCGAGCCAGCCAGGUGGUGAAGGAUUGUGUGAAAGCCUGCCUCAACUCUACUUAUGAGUAUAUCUUCAACAACUGUCAUGAACUCUACAGUCGGGAAUACCAGACAGACCCUGCCAAGAAGGGGGAAGUUCCCCCAGAGGAACAGGGCCCCAGCAUCAAGAACCUCGACUUCUGGUCCAAGCUGAUCACUCUCAUAGUAUCCAUCAUUGAGGAAGACAAGAAUUCCUACACUCCCUGCCUCAACCAGUUUCCCCAGGAGCUGAAUGUGGGUAAAAUCAGUGCUGAAGUGAUGUGGAACCUGUUUGCCCAGGAUAUGAAGUAUGCCAUGGAGGAGCAUGACAAGCAUCGCUUGUGCAAGAGUGCUGACUACAUGAACCUCCACUUCAAGGUCAAGUGGCUCUACAAUGAGUAUGUGGCGGAACUUCCUGCUUUCAAGGACAGAGUGCCUGAGUACCCUGCGUGGUUUGAGCCUUUCGUCAUCCAGUGGCUGGACGAGAAUGAGGAGGUGUCCCGAGAUUUCUUGCACGGGGCCCUGGAGCGAGACAAGAAGGAUGGGUUCCAGCAGACCUCAGAGCAUGCCCUGUUCUCCUGCUCCGUGGUGGAUGUCUUCUCCCAGCUUAACCAGAGCUUUGAGAUCAUCAAGAAGCUGGAAUGCCCUGACCCCCAGAUUGUGGGGCACUACAUGAGGCGGUUCGCCAAGACCAUCAGCAAUGUGCUCCUUCAGUAUGCGGACAUCAUCAUCAAGGACUUCGCCUCCUACUGCUCCAAGGAGAAGGAGAAAGUGCCCUGCAUUCUCAUGAACAACACUCAGCAGCUGCGAGUUCAGCUAGAGAAGAUGUUUGAAGCCAUGGGAGGCAAGGAGCUGGAUGCUGAAGCCAGUGACAUCUUAAAAGAGCUCCAGGUGAAACUUAACAACGUCUUGGAUGAACUCAGCCGGGUGUUUGCUACCAGCUUCCAGCCUCACAUUGAGGAGUGUGUCAAACAGAUGGGCGACAUACUUAGCCAGGUGAAGGGCACUGGCAAUGUGCCAGCCAGUGCCUGCAGCAGUGUGGCCCAGGAUGCUGACAACGUGCUGCAGCCCAUCAUGGACCUGCUGGACAGCAACCUGACUCUCUUUGCCAAAAUCUGUGAGAAGACGGUGCUGAAGAGAGUACUGAAGGAGCUGUGGAAGCUGGUCAUGAACACCAUGGAGAAGACCAUCGUCCUGCCACCACUCACUGACCAGACGAUGAUCGGCACCCUCUUGAGAAAACAUGGCAAGGGAUUAGAAAAGGGCAGGGCGAAACUGCCAAGCCACUCAGAUGGAACCCAGAUGAUCUUCAAUGCAGCCAAGGAGCUGGGGCAACUGUCUAAGCUCAAGGACCACAUGGUACGAGAGGAAGCCAAGAGCUUGACCCCAAAGCAGUGUGCAGUCGUAGAGCUGGCCCUGGACACCAUCAAGCAAUACUUCCACGCGGGCGGUGUGGGCCUCAAGAAGACCUUCUUGGAGAAGAGCCCAGACCUGCAGUCCUUGCGCUACGCCCUGUCCCUCUACACGCAGGCCACCGACCUGCUCAUUAAGACCUUCGUGCAGACACAGGCAGCCCAGGUCCAUGGUGGAAAAGGGACUAGGUUUACCCUUAGUGAAGACAUUUAUCCUGAGAAGGGCUCUGGUGUGGAAGACCCUGUAGGCGAAGUCUCCCUCCACGUCGAGCUCUUCACUCAUCCAGGAACCGGUGAACACAAGGUCACAGUGAAAGUGGUGGCUGCCAAUGACCUCAAGUGGCAGACUUCUGGCAUUUUCCGUCCAUUCAUUGAAGUCAACAUCAUUGGGCCCCAUCUCAGUGACAAGAAACGCAAGUUCGCGACCAAAUCCAAGAACAACAGCUGGGCUCCCAAGUACAAUGAGAGCUUCCAGUUCACGCUGAGUGCGGAGGCGGGCCCCGAGUGCUAUGAGCUGCAGGUGUGCGUCAAAGACUACUGCUUUGCUCGUGAGGACCGCACAGUGGGGCUGGCCGUGCUGCAGUUACGUGAGCUGGUCCAGCGCGGGAGCGCCGCUUGCUGGUUGCCCCUCGGCCGCCGCAUCCACAUGGACGACACGGGCCUCACAGUGCUGCGUAUCCUGUCGCAGCGCAGCAACGACGAGGUAGCCAAGGAGUUCGUCAAGCUCAAGUCGGACACGCGCUCUGCUGAGGAAGGCGGUGCUGCGCCUGCGCCCUAGCGCUGGGAGCGCGUGUGGGCAGCACGUGGCCGGUGCAGGGAAGGCGGGGCAGGACCUUUCUGAGUGCUUGUCUCCGGGUUCUGGGCUGGGUGGUCUGCGCCUGCGCCCUUGGCUUAGCUUCUUGCUCUGGGGAAUUUUGAAUGGGUGAUGUCCCGCCCCCUCGGGAGGCCACGCGCUAUGGCCCGGAGAAGGAAAAAGCCACAUCUCCUCCUUGAAGCAAUGCCCGCAGCGCCUAUGCGGCCUUUCGAGCUAGGAUGGGAGAAUCCCGCCCCUUAUGGAGGAGGCCAGGUCCCUCGGCUCUGGUCCCCUGCCUCCCGUCCCAUGGAAAAGCCAUAAGAUGGGUCCCCAACCCCUGGGACCCAAGACCAAUUGCCAAGUAUGGAACUCUAAGCUCCCUUGAGGGGCAGGCCCUGGGCAAGGUGUGGGGGUGGUCUGGGGGUGGUCUUAGGGGCUGGAGGGACUAGGACGGUAGCC